GUGGCUUCGGGCGUGGUGUGUGCGCAGGAGCGGCGGGGACGCGGACGGCCUGGGCCCCGAGUGGAUGUUCUGGCGUCGCCGCCGCUACAUACUGGCGCUGCUGGCCUUUUUCGGCUUCGCAGUCUCCAUGGUGAUGCGCGUCAACAUGGCGCUGGCCAUCGUCGACAUGACCACCAACAAGACCAAGGUUGGGGACAACACUACCUACGCGGAGCCGGAGUUCGAGUGGGACUCCCGCGAGGCGGGCUUGGUGCUGAGCGCCUUCUUCUACGGCUACGUGGCAACGACGCUGCCCGGCGGGUGGCUGGCGGGCCGCUACGGCGGCAAGUGGGUGUUCGGCGUGGGCAUGCUGGGCACGAGCCUCUUCACGCUGCUGACGCCGCCGCUGGCGCCGCGCGGCCUCGACGCGGUGCUGGCGCUGCGCGUGCUCGUCGGAGUCUGCGAGAGUCUCUUCGAACAGUCUCUUAAGAAAAGUCACUUCAGAAAGUCGCUUCGAAAGUCACUUCGAAAAGUCACUUCGAAUAGUCACUUCAGAAAAGGAGUUCGAUGUAGAAAUAAUUUUCGUUUGAGCUCUCUAUUUGAUCUACCCAAUCAUAAAAUGGCCAAGAAAAAGGCAGUACCUAGACUUAAACAACUCACGUAUGGAGAAGUGCUGAUGACUGAAAUUGUUUUGGAAAGGCUUAAAGAAGCUGAAGAGAAAUCAAAUACAAAGAAAGGCCCAAAUCAGUGA